AUGGCGAACUCCAAAUUUGAAUACGUCAAGAGCUUCGAGCAGCCCGACUUUCUCUUGCCAAACACUUGGAUCGUCGUCCGCAUAGACGGGCGAGGUUUCACCAAAUUAUGUGCAAAGUAUGGCUUUGAAAAGCCCAACGACAAGAGGGCCAUCGACCUCAUGAACGCCGCCGCGAGGGUCGUCGUCACCGAGCUCCCCGAUAUCACCAUCGCCUACGGUGUCAGCGAUGAGUACAGCUUCGUGUUUCACAAAUCAUGUACCCUCUUCGACAGAAGAGCCAGCAAGAUCUCGAGCACAGUCGUGUCCACGUUCACUGCCAAUUACGUGCACUUAUGGUCGCAGUACUUCCCAGAUACCCCGCUCACCUCGCCUCUGCCGAGCUUUGACGGGAGGGCAGUGUGCUAUCCUACCGUGUCGAACUUGAGAGACUACAUGAGCUGGCGCCAAGUCGAUUGCCAUAUCAACAAUCUCUACAACACAACAUUCUGGGCUCUAAUCCAAUUAGGUGGUCUAGACAACAGAGAGGCAGAGAAGCUCCUGGCAGGCACCCUAUCCGGAGACAAGAACGAGAUCCUUUUCUCAAAAUUCAAGAUCAACUACAACAACGAACCCGAGAUCAACAAGAAAGGCAGUGUAGUCUUCCGAGAUUACGAGCUCGUCGAUCCAGGUACGCACAACGCCGCGCAGGCGGCAGAUGCGCUCGCGGAGCCUGUCCAACAGAGCAAGACGCAAGCGGAGAAGGACAAGAAAAAGCGCACCAAGGCCCGCGUCGUUAUCGAGCACCUCGACAUUAUCAAGGACGACUUUUGGGAUAGGAGGCCGUGGCUGCUCUCCAACAAACCAGGGAAGACCCCCAAGGAGACUUGA